AUGAUUGGAGGGGAAUCUCCCCCCUCCCCCCUCCCCUUUACAACAUUUUACGGGACACAGGAGACAGGACCUCAACAUGGCACACAGUUAGUAAAAGCAGGACUUAAUGGAAUUCGAGUUGGUGCUGUUGGGUUCCAUGCCUGGCGAGCCACCGACAGUGGACGUUCUUACAAGUUUUCUCUUGAACCGCAACAACUCAAGCUGGCUUUACACACCUUAGGAACCUCCUUGCAUCUCAGUUCCAAUCCACAUUUAGUAUUUGACAAUGGGUUCUACACAGAGGAAGAGAGGCAGACCGCAUUAAAGUCUGGCAUGAAGUUGGGCUGGUGCUUACUUCAGUUCUCAGAGAGUGAGAUGGUGGUAGCGUCUGAGACAGAAGGGGAGGAUUUCACCGUCCAAAUAUUCACUGAGCUGUUACUGAAGUUGAAUGCUGAGCUCCCACCGAGCCAAAUCUGGGAGGAGGACGGGGCCGCGUGGCGUCAGAUGGAAGGAGACAAUGAUGUAAUCUCACACGAAUCUAGGUGUUCCACCCCCAGCACAUCCAAUGUUGAUCAACUCUGGAAGGAUGCCAGAACAGCUACCGCUGGCUCUGCAAGAUUGAUUUGA